AAGCAAAGUAUAAGGGAGAGAGGGGGAUACUCCAGUCUAGUAGGUGGCAGUAAUGCAACAUUUAUUGGAUGCCAACGGCCUUUAAAUCUCAUCAAGAAGGACCAUAGACGAAGUGAUUGAGGAGAUAAUUGUUAAAUUGGAACAAUAACUUCGCAAUCAGAGUUGGAACGGAUGUAGAUUUUUCAGUGUGUACUACUACCUAAAAUUGGACCAUUUUUUUAUUUCACCCACACCUUCCCUAUAGCAACAUGAGCAGUACAACACAGAGGAAAAGAAGGACUGGAGUCCCUUCAAGUUCCAGACGCACGGCCAAGAGUAGCAGAGUCACCACAACCAGUGUGCGACCUCGUGCUGCAGCAUCAGCAGCAGUCCCAGAGACCAUUGAUGUGCUGGAAAGCAGCAGGACUGAGAGUGAGGAGGAGGUGGUGGACUUGACAUGUGAAGGUUCUGAGUUGACUGUGGUUGACUUGACCAACAAUGAUUCUGUGGUGGUUGUCGAUGAAGGGCCUCAUGGCAGACGUGAAGCUGACAGUGAGAGUUAUGUACUGAGCAGUGAUGAGGAGGAGGAUACUAAUGGAGGCCUCAGUGCCGACCUCCUGUCCUCUCUACAGGCCAGCAGUAGAGCCAGGUCUACUCCAGGGACAGUCAGCUGCCCAGUGUGUAUGGACGCCUAUGCUGAGAUCAUUGAAAGUGGGAGGCUAGUAGUCUCCACAAAAUGUGGUCACCUGUUCUGCAGUCACUGCCUCCGCGACUCACUGUUGAGAUCCCACACUUGCCCAACCUGUAGAAAGAAACUGAUCCACAAGCAAUGCCACCCCAUAUAUAUCUGACAUCAAACACCCAUAAGACUCACCCAUUGGUUUCACCCUCACCAAACCUGCAAAACCUUUAAUUAUACCUUCUCAUAUCACUGCCCCCUACUGGAUUUACGAAUAAUUGAAUCAUUUACAUACACAUCGGACCGAUUUUGUCUUCUGCAAUGAAAGAAGCAGGAGCAUAGGGACGCACUCUUAUGCCAGCGCACAUUCACUUAGAUUUUUGUAAUUUUCUUCCACUGAUUAAGUGAAAAACAAUAUUUUUUAGCUCUUAAGAAGCCACAUGUGAUGUCGUAUUGGUAGCAAUCACACGUCACUGGCACUCAAGUGCAAUGAGAACUCGAAAGUAGAAAUGUCUGUUGAUUUUUAUUGCUGCUGAGUAGGUGGAUGUCUGAACGGUGGGUGUUGCUUGAAUCUGGUCAUCACCAUUGUAAAUUUUGUUGUAUGUUUUGUAUAUAUGGUUGAAUGACAAGAUAAGGUGCGCCUAAUCUGUAAUGUCCAAUAAAAUACAUUUAUGAUUGUAAA